UAGCAGGCAUAAAAAGGAGCAGAGAUAAGCAGCAAUUGUUAAGAAGUCACAGUGAGUCCAGUUAGUGAGGUUAACAGCUCUCCCUGUGCCCCACCCUGAAAGAUCAUGGAGGACAACCUGGACAGGGCUGAACUCUGCUACCCUCAGCUCCUGAACAGGUCCUGCAGCGGAGUGAAGCGACCUCGCUCUGAGGCCGUCCUGCUCUACACGCUGCUCUCCUCCAUCACCAUUGUCACUGUUGCAUUAAACCUGCUGGUGAUCAUCUCCAUCUCUUAUUUCAGACAGCUGCAGACCCCCACCAACAUGUUGCUGCUGUCCUUGGCCACCUCAGACCUCCUGGUGGGGCUGCUGGUGAUGCCGGUGGAAGUGGUGCGCUUCAUUGAGCCCUGCUGGCUGCUGGGGGAAGCCAUGUGUGCUCUGUCUUACAUUGUUGGCUUCACUCUCACCUCAGCCUCUGUGGGGAACAUGGUGUUGAUUUCGAUGGAUCGUUACGUCGCCAUCUGCUUUCCCUUGCAGUACGCCACUAAAAUCACUCGUAGCAGAACUGAGGUAUCUGUGAGCCUUUGCUGGGCCUGCUCUCUCCUGUACAACGGCGUCAUCUUAAAGGACCAUCUCAGGCAGCCAGACAGAUACAACUCCUGCUACGGGGAGUGUCUGGUGGUCAUUAGCUACGUCUCAGGAACCGUCGACCUUGUGUUCACGUUCAUCGCCCCUUGCUCGGUUAUCGUCCUCCUGUACAUGAGAGUGUUUGUAGAGGCGGCGUCGCAGGCCAGAGCCAUGCGGUCUCAGGUGGCAGCCUUCACAGUCACAGCAAAGAAAUCCGAGAAGAAAGCAGCCAGGACUCUCGGUAUCGUUAUAUUCAUGUUUCUGAUGACUUUCUGUCCGUAUUAUUACCCGUCUCUUGCAGGGCAAGACAUCUCCAACAAUGCCUCGUCUUGGGCUAUCGUGUCUUGGAUGGUGUAUUUUAAUUCCUGCUUGAAUCCAAUAAUAUAUGCCUUUUUCUAUCCCUGGUUCAGAAAAAGUAUUUAUUUAAUAGUCACCUUAAAAAUCCUUAAGGAUGACUGCUCUCACAUAAAUAUACUUUAG